UAUUUUAUUUUUCUUUCCCCUUGGCUAUACUACUUUAAAAAACAUAACAUUUUUGUCAUUUACGCAAGUCUACUCAAAUUUCAGAAGAGGUUAGACAUUUCUCAAGCAUGACGAUCCCACUCUGUUCGUGUUCUGAUUACUUCUCUCUGCUACUAUUUUGAAUUUUUGAUAGCCAAUGCCCAACCUAUUCUUCUCUUUUCUCCCCAUUUUCCCCUCGUCGCAGCAAUUUUUCAGUUCCCAUGACCUUCGCUUUGAACCCAAAGACAAAACCCCGGCAACUCAGUGAAGAAACCCACUUUCCCUUUUACCGAAGGUCAAUAAAUCCACAAUCCAACUCUAACCGAAGUUUCUAAUAGAUUGCCUUUGAGUUCUAGGCUGAUACUUUCCUUGGCCUUUUAGUGCUGACGGUAAUUACUUUGUUGGUGCUUUAACAUGAUGGACUUGUCAUGGUUAAGCGCCAUCCUAGUUGGGGCAGGCUGCCUUGCCUUGGGGUACUGCAUUGGUAGGCGACAUCCUGCUUGUCUAUUUCUCUCAUCAAGAGGAGCUAAAGAUACUAAAAUCUCUAAAGCAAAUAAGAAGAAGACCAAAGAACCCUUUGAAAUUGAAAAGUUGGCUGACAUUCUGGAGGAUUUUAAAAUGGUAUUGGUUGUAAGAAACGAUCUUAAGAUGGGUAAAGGGAAAAUUGCCGCCCAGUGCAGUCAUGCAACUUUAGGUCUUUACAAAAAACUCCAUCAUUGGGCACCAAAAGCUUUGGACAGGUGGGAGUUAUGUGCCCAGCCAAAGGUGGUUGUGAAAAUCGACAGUGAGGAAGAUAUGUUAGUUUUGCAAGAGAGGGCAAAAUCACUAAACUUACCAACUCACAUCACCAUUGAUGCAGGGAGAACUCAGAUUGCACCAAAUUCAAGGACAGUGAUGGCUAUUCUUGGACCUGUCGAAAUGGUGGAUGAUGUAACUGGUGGACUGAAGCUAUUGUAAUAGUUUCUCAAUGCCAUCGAAUCUUUACCUGGUAACCUUCCAUUGUAUAACUUUGAGGAGCAUCUCCCUUUACAUGGAUGUGGGAAUUUUCAUCAACCAUCUUGAAAGGUAUUUUGUCCAUUAACUUAUGUGAAAGAUCCAAUGUAUACUUGGUCGGAACCCGAAAUUGAUUUUAGACCCUUAAGAUUUUUGUUACAGUUUUGUGAUGAUGGCGAAAAGUUCCUGCCAUAGGCCUCCCUUUGAGCUUAAAGACAAUUAGGUUAUUAUUUCAUGAAUAUUCAAUAAAUUUCCAGAUAUUUGGAUUAUGAUUUAGCCUGGCCUUGCCAACUAUAAUGCUUCUAAUUUAUUGAGUUGGAAGGAUUUUUAAACUUUCAACUCGUUCACCAUUUUCAUGUUAAGCUUAUUAU